CGCCGCUUGCCGGACGCGGCCCCGGGCCCGGCCUGACUCGCUCCCUCGGGCCGGCCGACGGCUGUGACCCCCGUGAGCUCCGUGUCUCCAGUGGACCCAGCCCAGGCGAGCUGUCCUUUACCCCGGGAGCGGCCGCACAGGAAAAAUGGCCGGGAAGAGGCGUGGUCCCCGUAGAAAAGGGACGCCCCAAAGAUGUGUUAUCCCGAGGGCGACAGUUGCGUCCCAAAUGCGGGCUACGAAGUUCGUUCUGAGCCUACAGGCGUCCGGUUGUCCCGCGGAGGGCGCGGCCCAACGAGGGCCCGGAGGGGCGCGGCAGCACAUGCAAAUCACUAGGCGUGUGUAGGGGGCGGUGCGAGCCAGGCUCGUCAGGGGCCAAGAGAGCGCGGGGCCGCAUCGUUAAAGCACUGGACUAGGGACGGGGCCAGGUUCUCUAAGGAGCAAGAGUGGCGGGGCAGCACCUUUAGAGCACUGUGGACUAGGGACGGGGCCAGGUUCUCUAAGGAGCAAGAGUGGCGGGGCCGCACUUGUAAAUCAUUAGGGAGCGGGGCCAAGCUCGCUAAGGGGUCAGAAGAGGCGGGGCCGCACCUGUAAGGUAUUUGGAUUGGGGGCGUGGCCGCAUAUGUAAAUUAUUGGGGCCGGGGUCGGGGCCACAGAUAAAAACCGCUUGGCUGCAAGGGUCAGGCGCCCCCAGGGCACCGCGGAGGGCCGUCCCACGCGCGAGGUGCUUUCCAGGUCGGGGCGGGGCCUGAGCCUCGCCCGUGACGUCACAGCGGCGCCUGGCGCCCGUGCCGGCAGGACUCACCCAGGUGCGGAACGGCCUGAGCGGGGCGAGCGCGCCAACGCACCCCGCUCGCAUGGCGGCGGCCGGAGGGCCGGAGUCGCCCGUGGGGGCCCCCGUCGCGGAGCCCGCGCCGCCGCCGGCCUGCCGCUUCUUCCUGGAGGGCCGCUGCCGCUUCGGUGCCCGCUGCCGCCAGCCCCACCCCGGGGCGCCGGCGCCGCCGCAGCCUAGAGGCGAGCCCGAAGCCGAGGCCAAAACCAAGAAGCCGCCGCUGCGCACGGCUGCGGCCGUCAUCCAGCGCAUCCGCUGGGACCCGCGCCUCGACCCGGCCGACUUCUCCGUGGGCUACGUUGACCGCUUCCUGGGCUCGCGCGAGGAGCCCUUCCUUUCCUUCUGCUGGGACGAGCCUCUGGCGGCGCUCGGGCCGGGCGUCCUGGCCGUGCCGCAGCACCGGAUUCGCUACUUCCGCUUCCGCGGCCGUCUGGUGUGGGACCGCGCCUCGCGUACGGACCUCGUCUUCGGCUCGGGCUUGGCUGCGGGCCGCGGGUCCACCAUCCUGGACGCGCUCGACGGCGGGGACGCGCACGGGAUCGGAGAGGCGGGCGACGGCGAGGACGCGCACCAGACCGGGCAUGCGAGCGGCGGCGAGCACGUGCACGGAGCCGGAGGUGAGAGCGACGGCGUGGGCGCGCACGACGGCGGAGACAGGGGCGGGGACGUGCACGGGACCGGGGACGAGAGUGACGGCGAGGACGCGUACGGGGCCGUAGGUGCGCUCAGCGGUGGGGACACGGCCGGGGCCGGAGGCGCACUGGACGGCGUAGCUGCGACCUGCCUUGGCACCGGUGCGGGAGGGCGCGUACAGCCAGCUUGGACGGGACUCCGGGCCGCCUUGGCCCCGGAUGGCGGAGGCCCCGAAGCUGGGCGCCUGGCGUUGGCGGGGACAUUAUCGAGGAUCCAGGAGCGGGAGUUGGGCGGCCCUGGGGGCCAAGGUUCCCCGUGGAUGCAGCCAAGAAGGGCGCUGAAGCCAGCCGCCGCCGCUAUCGGGGAGCUGCCGGCUGUGGUAGCCCCGGGAAGGCCCUCGGAAGGCCUCUCUGAGACGGAAGUGGAGUGGGGUCCCGGGGUCUGGCCCGUGGACGGUGGAGCAGCCGGGGCCGUGGGCCCUCGCCAGCCCCGCCCCACGCACUUCGUGGCCCUCCUGGUGACAGAGGCUGAGCUGCAGGCCGGGGUGGCCAAGGUCCAAGAAGAACUGGUACGAAAUGCACCAGCUAGCGCGGCGUUCACAGUGCCUGCUCAGGCCCUGCACCUGACAGUGGCCCUGCUGAGGCUGGCGGGCCCCGGGGAGAUGGCGGCUGCGGUCGACGCACUCAGAGGCGUGCUCUCGGACCCCGGGCUUCGGGUCCCUCCGAGGCUGAGGUUCAGGCGCCUGGUGUUCCUGGGCUCUCGUGUGCUCUGUGCGCCCCCCGACCCCCCUUUGGAGAACAUGGCCCGAGUGCUCAGCCAGAGGCUGGAGGCCGGGGGGCUAAGAGUGCUGCAGCCCUGCAGGGGGCUACACCCCCACCUCACCCUGGCCAAGGUGCCCCAGGGUUCCCAAGUCGGCCUCCCCAAGCCUGGGUUCAGCUCAAGGCAGGAGCUGGGGAGCCAGCCUCUGGGGAAACUCUGGCUGUGCCGCGUGGGGAGGUCAGGGGGCACCUACCAGGCCGUGGCUGAGAUCCCCCUGGUAUCUCAACCCCAAAAGAAAUAAAGGCCAGGACCCAGACACCCAGAGGAAAUCUAGUCCAAGGCAGAAGAACAAAGCGUGCACGCGUGUUUUCUCUCUCUUUAAUUUUGGUUUCUCUCAAGCUUCCAAAUGGUGCUCAGUGCUCCAAGGAAAGAAUGAAGGAAGGAAAGGGGAGGGGGAGAGGAGGGGGAGGGGAGGCAAAGGAGGAACAUCUGGAAAAAAAGCAGCCCGACAGUCCAGCUGUUUGCAAACUCAUUGCACAUCCUCCAGUUACAUGGCAGAAGAGGGAGGGAGGACGGAAAAGAAAAGAGGAGGAAGAAAAAAUAACUUAAAUAAACACACACAAAAAGAAAAGAGAAGGAAACAUGACGUGAGCUGGUGAUCCAUGAG